UUUAUCGUGGCAAUAUCGCUUUAAGCAGCCUGAUUUCUGCGGACUGAAAUCGCUGCUCUUCUCGGUUUGACCCGUGGUGUCAGAAGACAGCUUGAAGGUCACGCUGCUGAAAAUCUCAUUCAUAAAUAUCUUACAAAAGGCUAACAGAUGAGUGAUAUAUUCUUGAAUAAAUGGGUAAUUGAUUUUAGAGGGUUUUUCAUUGAGUUGGAAAGGUCAGUAAUUUGCCUAUAAUCUUGCCGUUAUCUAAGAUCUCUAUAUUUUGUGUUCCUGUCUGGAUCAGGCUUUCACUCACCAUUAAUUAAUCUCUCCUGGCCCGUUUAUGACAGAGUGGCAGUACAAAGUGCAACCAAAACAACUCAUGGUGAGGAAAGGAUGUGAAGGCUUUGUUCUUCUGUAAAGCUCCACAUGGAAAUAGCUUUUCCUCUCUGUUUCAAGAGGAAUGGCUCUCUGACCCCAGGCUUUCUGUGGCUGCAAGUUGCAAUUGAACUCAGCUUCAAGUGCAAAGACUGUAGGAGUCCUACAGAACUGACUGUAAUAUUAGUCUGCAGGGGUGGUGAUGUAUAAAUGCCCGUUGCUUUUUAGAAGCCAGCCUUCUUUUGGGGGACCCAAAGAAGGCAUCCAGUCCCACCACCAGCACUGCAGCAGGACCAAGCUCACCUCCACCCUGGCCAAUACUUAACAAAACCAUUUCUAACCUGUUCUCAGGACACUUCCAUGCCACCACCCUCUGGGGCAGUUAAUUUUACAAUUCCUCUUCUACUUCCAUUACUCUACUGAUCUGACACUGAAGUAGAAGCUGCUUUAAAGGAUGGAGCUAAAUUCAACGUGCCAAGGUAUCACAUGCCUCAGCCAUGGAAGGAGGGUAUUUACAGGACAGUUUGGAGCUGGGACCCAGCUUCUGUUACUCCAGUGUAGACUUGCUUUGAAAACAAUCUCACUGCCUCCAGCAGAGUUGUCUGUUCUGCAGGAUACUGCAGGUCUGUCACUGAGCACUCAGGGAAUUCAAUUUGUGACUGUCAGAGCUGGAGUGUAGCAGGGCCAAAGUCUUCCCUUGGCUGCUUUUGCCAGGAUCUGAGAUGUAAUUUGGCCCUAAAUUAACAUUUCUGUCAAAUCAGCGUGGCUAAAAUUGAACAGUUGCACUUAAUUAACUGCUUCUCUGAAAACCCUGGUGCUUUGUACGUUAAUGAUGCCUUCAUUGAGAUUCUUUCUGGAGUAUUUGUGAGAACAUUAACAGUGUCAGCUUGGCUGCUGGGUAUGGGGUAAAGUAAUAACAAAUGCAGAGCAAAUAAGGAACAAGGUGAGAAUAAACAUCCCUGCAGAUAGAUCCUCAGCAGUUGGUUGGUUGAUUACAUAUCCAUCAGAACAAAGUUUUGGUCCAGACAUUCGUGGCAGUGCAUAAUAAAGGCAUGCUUAAAUAAUGGAUACAUUUCCCAAGCUGCUAAGAGUUCAGCUGUUAAAUUUGAGGACACAUGCUUACAUGCCCAGAGGAAUUUCUGCACACAGAUGUGGAGCUGGUUUGUGAAUGUGUGCAAAGUGCUAGAGCUGAUGGGCUGGUGGCGAGGCGUGUUCCCAGAGUAUUUCCCAUUCCAGAUGCAUUGGGAAUGCAAAUCCCAGGGAGGAUCUGGCAAAUAACUGCUGGUAAAUGUUGACUUUAUCAUGGGGACCAGUCGACUUGGUCUGUGCUGUGCUAUGGCUUCACAAGCCAAACUCUAUCUGCUUAGAUAUGGGAAUGGAAAUCUCUUCAGGAUGACUGCUCGGUUUUCUGAUCACUUAAAGAAUUGAAAAGCAUCAUUUGUAGUUUUUAAAUUCAGAGUUAUAGAAAGAUUUAGCUUGGAAAGGAUCUGUGGAGGUCACGUAACCCAGCCUCCUGCCCACAGCAGGGUUAUUUUCCAACUAGACCAAUUUGCAGUAACUACUUGUGUUGUGGUUUUGAUACUGUUCCUGCUACUGUUUAUUAUUAUUAUUAUUAUUAUUAUUAUUAUUAUUAUUAUUAUUAUUAUUAUUAUUAUACAAAGAUGUCUUGUUGCUUCAUUUGGUGGUUUUAUUUCUGGGGAACAAGUAGCCAAUUCCUGCCAGUGAAGCCUGUCCUGUAACGAUUCCAGGCCUGCCUCAGAGUCCGGAGGAAAUUUGUGUUCGUGUUUCUGGAGGAUGUAGUUACUCACUGUGAGCUUUAAAGACAUAUGACAUCUUGUCCAGCAGAUAUUCCCAGUGGAUCUGAACAAACAAUGUCGAGGUUUCUUGGCAGAGUCCAGUGAUCGUGCUAGCGACUUGCAGAGUGCUGCCCCAGGCUGGUAAAGCUGUAUAGGGCCGUUGUUCCUUUUUAUGUCUCAACAAAUAAAUCCCGCUUGGAAGGAUGGAAGUCUCAGUCUUCAGCUUUACACUGGCUCCCUGAAAGGGCUAUAAUCUUCAGACUGUAAGUUGUGUGCUUCUUCCCUCUCAUACGUUACCUUAGAGAUUAAAUUGUGUGGUCUCAAAAACUAACUCACAGUUAUUACCUCCCUGCUGCAUUUCUGUGAAGUAUCUUAGUUGUCUUCAGGUGGAAGACACAGCUCUUUGUCUCUCCCCAGUGUUGUAGAUAACAGGUUAUGUCCCGCAUAAUGCAGACCUUGAAAUGUGGGAGUCCUUGCAGCAGCCAUGAACAAAAAGUCCUGAAGCUCAGCAGUGGGAAUUUUCACCCUGCCGGCAUUUCCCACAGCAGAAAGCACUUCAUGGGCUUGGCGUAGGGCCCUGACAGAGUUAUGGCUUGGGUUAGGUGGAAGAUAUUUUCAAUGUCAAGAAAUUUUGCCUCCCUGCACCCUGUCUUGGUUUCUCAAGGACAAGCUCUGUAAUGUACCAUGGCUUUCUGCCAGAGCAUAGCCUGCUGUAACACCAGGGGCUGUGCAGCCUUAAAGGAAGAGCGUUCUUGGUGUGGGUUUGAGGAAAGAUGAACAUGUUGGGAAGAGCUGGUUUUGUAGGAGAAAGGACAACAAAAUGUGAGCUUCACUUAAACUGAAGAGAGCCCACCCAAAGUGGCUGAUUUUUGCUGUCUUCUGCCAUCUGCAAGUUUGUCACCUCCAAAUGUCUCCAUCGAUGUUGCAGCAGUGCUCGUCCCAGCUUCCUCUUCUUCUUCUGAAACAGCACUCAGAUCUAGAUCUUCACUGCAAAGGUCUUUCCAGAGGAGACGUGAGGAUCUGUGUUUCCUGAAGCUACCCCGAAAUGGGUCAAUGGUAGGGAGGAAGACCAGCAGCACAAAACCAGGGCUUCCCUUGGGCUAUUCCUGUUGGGAGACAGCGUUCCUGUGCUUCUGGAGCCAGACACUGCUUAUGUGAGAGGGUCACACAAAGCUGGGCUCUUCCUUUAUGUUUAGACAAGGCACAAAAUGAGAACUCGGUCAUUCCUGGAAAAACAUCAACGUUUGUUAAACCACCACAGCUGUGGUGUCCAUCCCCUGAGAUGGAGCUAGACGACAUUUUAGUGCACAGAUGCCAGCACUGGGACAGAAGCACUGAAUGACAUGGGAACAACUCGUGCUGACAAAAGGUCUUGCAGUGCUUCUCGCUGCCCUAAUGUCACUGGUGGCCCUGCCAAGUAUUACUCUGGAUGCUGUAAUUACAUUUCCCAUAUUCAUGUUACCCCAGGUAGCGUCUGUUAGCUCUGUGUUAUUUUUUUCUGUAAGCUGUUUUAAAACCAGCUGCUGCAUUACACUCCAGAGGCUGCCGUGCGUCAGGGGUGAAUAAAUCUAUUCUUCUGCAGGCUCUGGCAUCAGAAUAAGGACGAGGUGGUGCAGGCUGUUCGGUGGGUGCCAGAGGCAACGCUACACGUCUGCCUGAGGUGCUGUAAUUCCUGAGAGCAUGGCACGCUGCCCAGAGCUGAUGGCUGAGGGCUACCUGCAAAUAAAAGGAGCUAUUUGUGUUAGAGGGCAGGUUUUAAAUAGACUUCUUGUGCAUUUGGAAAUAGUUUGUGUCAUAGUUUCAGGGUCAGCCGCCCUUGGAUCUGUCUCUGCCUUUAAGUCAACAGCCUGCAGAUAUCUGUAUCGAGGAGGGAUCCGCGGAGCCCUCUCCCCUGAGCGCAGGGUUUUAAUCACUGUCAUGUCCUGAUGACUUCUGCAAGUUUAAUUUUAGUUGCAUGCCAAAGAGGCUGAGUUAACCACUGAGCAGCCAGCCUUCACAAAGCCCAAGGCAAUCUCCUGUAGACGUGGAUGGGGAAAUAAAGUAUUCGUCCCAUCUCCUCACUCGCUGAGCAUUAUUCAUCAGGCACUCGGAGCUCUCCUGGGCACUGAGAUGAGGAACCACUGGCCUCUGUUUUGUCUGGUCAUUGCAUUCUCCUGUGUGUGAUGAAGGCUCCUCGAUGUGCUUGAACAGUUCAUUGCCUGGGGCGUGUGAAGCUUUUCCAGAUUUCUUUUCCUAGUUGUGAAUCUGUGCUCAUCCCUCCCACGGCUUCUGAGAACUCAGAGAUAAGCGACGUGUUUGGCAGUGCCACAGCUGUCUCUGCCAGAUAGCUGACCAGCCCAGAGAGCCCGACCCAGAAUAACACAAAAUUUGCUAUUGUACUGAAGGCUUCCUCCUUCCAAGGAUUCACAGACAGGGAGCUUUGGACCCCAUCCUCCUGGCUCUGCUUGGAGUUUGUCUGGGUACAGAAAUCCUGGAGAUCUACAGGACAAGAAAACCCAACCCGUUCUGGCAUCUCCCCCCUCCACCACCCCUUUUUGACUUUUUGAUGCCUCCUGCCCCCAGACGAGCAGGAGUGCUGGGCAUAUUCCCAGCAUCUCGUGCAUAACUCUGGCCCAGCUGGCCUCCAGCUACAGCUGCCGGUCCCUUUUAUCUGCCCGCUGUCAGUGCCUCACCUUGCCAGGCACGGGGAUUACAGGGAUAUAAUUUCCCGUGGCACAUUUUUAGAAGAGCUUUUCCUGCUGCCUUGCAGAUUGUGCCACGGUGACGUGCUCGGAUGAUUUUGCUGUUGCCUUUGGGAUGGUGAAUUGUGCCCUGCAUUAUUGCAAGCAGCCCAAGCACCUUUCUCUCUUUUAAUACAGCACAAGCUUGUUCCCUCUAAGACAAAUCCUGACAGCGUCUGAGACAGGUUGCAUUUACAACCAUGUAACAAUCCGAUCGUGCUUCUAAAUCGAUGCAGAAUUCCCACUGGUUUGGACAUCAGGCUCCAUACAGGUCUACAGCUCACAAUUCAGAUCUGUUCUUGACAAGGCAGUGAACACCAGCCCUGGUGUCAUGUAAUGCAGCGAUGGUGCAGCCAGGUCAGAGGCCGUCUGUCUGAGCCCAGAAUCAUCUCUGCAUUUCCCUAAGUCUCAUGGGGAGAAAAACAUCUUUUAAACAUCGACUGCUACAUCUGCAAGCCAACAAACACUCCAGUCUCUGCUACCAGUGAGUCCUUUCUCAGACAAGGAGUUUCAUCCCAUUUAACUCCUUGUGGAAAUCGGUGGUACAACAGCCUACGUUCAAACUUAGGCAUUAAUCUGUUUGCUGCACUUAAUUUGCUUUGCGUGUCAGGUAAAUGAUACACGCCACCGGCUGUUCUUUUUCCGUGUAAAACAUUUCUGUUCAGACCUAUAGGAAAAGGGCUGACUUCAGAGAACAGAUAGGUCAGAUGGAAUGAAGGAGAUAAUUAGCAGAUCUACCUGCAUGAGCAUUAGCUUGUUGCCCACACCAGCACAGAGUUUGAGAAAGGAACUUAUUAUUACCAAAAAUGAAUACUUUGUACCCCAGGUCAUUUUAAUGGCAGCAGGGAAUGAGUAGUUAUUAAGUAAGACAUAGCUCAUCUUAUGUAUUAUGUAGAUGUUAUUGUUCAGCUUUCCUGAAAAUGAGAUGGUUUCUAUUCGUAAUAGAAAAAAAAAAAAAAGAAAAGAAAGAAAUAUUUUUAACAGUUCAACUCCCCAAAUUUAGGAAAAGUGGUUUAGGACACCUGAAAACAACUCUGCCUGUAAAAGCAAGAUCAAAACUGGAUAAUGGUUAUCCUCCCAUCUCAAAACCAAACAAAAACAAACCACCACCACCACCAAAACCCUCAGGUGCUUUUGGCUCUAUUUUGCAAUGCAUUCUUUGAAGUUGCUCGUUAGUUCCACGUAGUUGAUGUUUUAGGAAUUUUCCAACCACAGCUGUUUUUGGCUGCGAACGCUUUGGGGCCCCGAGGCCACGUGGGAUUUCGACGAGUCCCUUAAUGUCGCCCCGUAAUGAUGUGGUUUGAUGGUACCUUGGUUUACUCCCCUGGCAUUUUGGUUUUGUGAUGCGUUCCUGUGUGGGACAGCUCCUGUUUUAUGCAGACAAGCCAGCGAGCCUGCACUGAAGUCAGGAACUGAAUUGUACUAUGGUAUCCUGAGGAGUCCCUUUAACCAAGUACACAGGUGGUGGAUUUGCUAAAAAUUGGCUUUUGCAGUUGGGAAAGGUAGAGGUGGGCAGCCUUCUGAGCUGACUUCUGUUUCUUGAAAUCCUAAGAAGCAAACAACUUGCUCAGGUCAGUGUGUGACACACAGCUCUAAUGGAGCUAGAGGGUGUUUUGCAAUCUAAUCCACAAAGAGAAGUCUUUAAGUGCUUCCCUUCCCCUUUCCUUUCUUUUCCUGGACUCAGCCCCACUUCUGGUGGAUGCCUGUCCCCCUGCGGCGAUGUGGCCAGCAGGGUUUCCGAGUAUCCCAGGUGAUUCUCCAAGCUUAUUUGGCCGUACACUAGAACAUAUUUCAAUAAAAAUAAAAGCAGGUUUCAGAGUAAAGCAAGAGAAAAAUUGUCAAGCUGAAAGAAAAAAAAAAAAAAAGCAGUUAUAAUCAUCGUGUUCACGGCCUUGGAGGCAGAAGCUGAGAACUGUCAGUGUUUUAUAGAUAACCUUCAUUUAUGUGAGCGAGGCCCUGGGAUCGUGGUUGCACACGGUGUGAUUAUUCCAGGUAAGUUACUUCUUUGCUAUUUGGGAAACUGCUGUUUGAGAAAAAUGCAGGUUAUUUGCUCCAUGUGAAUUAACCGAUACUUUCGUAGGGGUGCGCAGAGUAGUUAAGAAAAGCACUUAAUCGAGUGUGAUAAAAGUCUAAUGAAUGUCUGCUGUGCCGGAGUGAAUGCUAAGCACAAUUCUAGCUGAGCUUUAAACUCUUCUCUUUCCUCAGGGAAUGCAGUCGGAUUUUUGGUGAAGACGGUUUGACGCUGAAACUCUUUCUUAAAAGGACUGCUCCCUUUUCUAUUCUGUGGACUUUGACUAACUACUUGUAUUUACUGGCUUUAAAGAAGCUGACAGCCACAGACGUCUCUGCCCUGUUCUGUUGUAACAAAGCUUUUGUCUUCUUGCUUUCUUGGAUCGUGCUGAAAGACAGGUUCAUGGGAGCAAGGAUAGUGGCAGCAAUAAUGGCAAUCACAGGAAUCGUAAUGAUGGCAUAUGCAGAUGGUUUCCAGGGCGAUUCAAUUAUCGGGGUAGCAUAUGCUGUUGGAUCAGCCUCUACGUCUGCAUUAUAUAAGGUUUUGUUCAAGAUGUUCCUUGGCAGUGCAAACUUCGGGGAGGCCGCUCAUUUUGUCUCCACCUUGGGCUUCUUCAAUUUAAUUUUCAUCUCGGUCACCCCCAUCAUACUGUACUUUACCAAAGUGGAGUACUGGUCGCCGUUCUCUGCCGUGCCCUGGGGUUACCUGUGCGGAGUGGCUGGCCUCUGGUUAGCAUUCAACAUUCUGGUUAAUGUUGGCGUCGUGCUUACGUACCCCAUCCUGAUCUCUAUCGGCACGGUGCUCAGCGUCCCUGGCAAUGCAGCCGUGGAUCUCCUGAAGCACAAAAUGAUCUUCAGCGUGGUGAGGCUGGGAGCCACCAUCAUCAUUUGCAUCGGGUUUCUGCUGAUGCUGCUCCCCGAGGAGUGGGAUGAGAUCACCCUGAGGUUCAUCAACAGCUUAAAGGAGAAGAAGAGCGAGGAUCACGCCGACGACAUCACAGACUCCAGCGUACACACGAGAAGCAGAAGUAGAGCUAACGGGACAGUGUCUAUACCACUAGCUUAGGGCUGGCGGACUUGAACUGCACGCGGAUGUAUAUUCUGUGAAUAUAGCUUAAAUUUCCUCACUCCUUGUAUGCUUAACGAUGACAUUUACUCUGAUCUGGGGAUGUAAGAUAAGAGAAAUACAUCUAUAAUAAAUGUUUACAUUUAUACACUUACCAAGGAAAGGGUGUAAAUAACCACAAUAAAACGUUUUCUAAUAAAAACCA